GUUUUUGGGUAUAAAUAAGCUGGUAUAACGGUUGUUGGGCAUCAAAUACUUUCCAGACUUCCCAAGAAGCAAACAUAGAAAUAUUUAGCCACCAUGUUCAAAUACGCCGUUGUUGUCCUCGCUCUCGUGGCCUGUGCUGCUGCCAAGCCAGGUCUGCUGGGUGCUCCUCUGGCCUACACUUCUCCAUUGGCUUACACUGCUCCUCUGGCUUACUCUCACCCCGCGGCUGUUGUGGCUGCUCCUGCUCCAGUUGUGACCGCCACCAGCAGCCAGGUGAUCGCCAGGAACUUCAAUGGAAUCGCCGCUGCUCCAGUGAUUGCUCCAGUGGCUGCCCCAGUUGUUGCCAAGUACGCAGCUGCUCCUCUGGCGGCUCCCUUGGCUGCUCCUUUGGCCUACAGCUCCCCUCUGGCUUACACCUCCCCAUUGGCCUACCAUGCGCAUCCAGUGGCCGCUCCUGUUCUGCUGUAA